AUGUACCGGUUGAAGCAGCACCAUGGAAGACAGAGAAGAGACAAAGUUUCCAAUUGAUAGCACAAGGCUCGGAUUUUCUUCGUUUGUCGUCAAAGACUCUCGAAUUUAAGGAAACGUGUUAGCUAACUUUGCUGUUCCACCAACCUGUUCUUUCCCUCCCAAUUUAUCUAGUCUUAGGAGAAGGAAAAAGCCGGUGUCUUUUGGGAAGAGUACUACAUGGAAUACGUUUGAAACACACAGUGGGGGAAGUCUGUGUCUCUUUUGAGUGUGUUCGUGUCGUGGGGUCCAUAUUUCUUAGCCGGCAUUUCUCAUCCACCGCCUUUGACGUUGUCUUUCUGUGUUUCACCAACACCACCACCACCAAAGUUUGUUUCUUUGUUUUCGUGACUGUGUUUUCCAUCGUGUGUUAGUUGAUUUCAGACUGGUUCCUUGUUGGUGUUUCUAAUGGCUAUUAAGUGUGCUCCAAACUGGGUUUGUUCUCAAAUGCCUCACUCUCAUCUGGGGACAGCAGAUUUGGGGUCUACCCGAGGUAGGAUUGUGUUGGAGGUGAGGCCUCCCAAAUGGAAAUGCUGUGCUUUGGGUUCUUCCGCACCUAGAGCUACCUCUGCUAUUGAAGGUAAGCCUUACGGUACUGAAGUCGAGACAUUUCAGACUGGGAAAACUGAUCAAGUUCAGGACACUGAGUCCAAGGUGUUUCACGAGGACUUGAGUCUUCUUCCUAAACCCCUGUCCGCAACAGGUCUAUCAACAUGUGAUGAUGAUGAUGGUUCAAAUAUGCGGGUUGCUUAUAAGGGAAUGCAAGGUGCAUAUGGUGAGGCUGCUGCCCUUAAAGCAUACCCUAAUUGUGAAACUGUACCCUGUGAGAAAUAUGAAAAGGCAUUCAAGGCAGUUGAACUUUGGUUAGUGGAAAAAGCAGUUCUCCCCAUCGAGAAUUCUAUAGGUGGUAGCAUCCACCGUAAUUAUGACUUACUCCUCCGGCAUAGGUUACACAUAGUAAGGGAGGUGCAGUUGGCUGUUAAUCACUGCCUCUUGGCAUUGCCUGGUGUCAGAAUGGAGGAAAUGGAUCGUGUUUUAGGCCAUCCCGAGGCAUUUGCUCAAUGUGAGAUGACACUUAGCAACAUGGGCUUUAUUAGAGUUAAUUCUGAUGAUUGUGCCUCAGCUGCUCAGAUUGCUGUCUUAACUGGUGCAAGGAAUGUUGGCGCAAUAGCAAGUGCUCGAGCAGCAGAAAUUUAUGGGCUUCACAUUCUUGCUAGAAAAGUCCAGGACGAGGAGCAUAACAUUACCAGGUAUUUGGUACUUGCAAGAGAACCCAUAAUUCCAAAAACUGACAAGCCUUAUAAGACGAGCAUUGUUUUUAGUCUAGAAGAAGGUCCUGGCAUGCUGUUCAAAGCUUUGGCUGUGUUUACUCUAAGGGGUAUAAAUUUGUCAAAGAUGGAGAGUCGACCACUAAAAAUGCAUCCUCUGAGAGUUGAUGAUUCUGACAAAGGGACUGCCAAGUGCUUCGACUAUCUUUUCUAUAUUGACUUUGAAGCUUCUAUGGCAGAACAGUGUGCCCAAAAUGCAUUGGCAAAUUUAGAGGAAUAUGCAACAUUUCUCCGCGUCCUUGGUUCCUAUCCGAUGGAUACAACUGUCUAGAUGGAUACUUCUUCAACGAAGUCCAUGUUGGUCCGUCACACCUUCAGAUGUAGACGGUUCAACCCACAUGACCUGUACAUACGAGUCUAGUCUUGAUUCAUUUGAAGAUGGAGAGAUUCUUGGAGUAUGUUGAAGGCCUACCGAUCAAUUCGAAAGCUUCUUCAACAUGACCUACUACUCCCUCUUUCCUUCUUCCUCUAUUUAGCCAACCCACAUGAUCUUUACAAGUCCAGUCUCAAUACAUUUGUAGAUGGAGAGAUUCCUGGAGUAUGUUGAGGGCCUACUGAUCAGUUCGAAAGCUUCUUCAGCAUGACCUACCACUCCCUCUUUCCUUCUUUUCUGUUUAACCUCAUAAUUCUUUACAUCCUCCUGAAAGGUGUGUUGUGAUAUUUCAAUGAUGAAAAACAAUUCAAUAUCUCUUUAUCUUAAUUUAAAGAAAUAAAAGAAAGUUCUUUGAUCUCUCCGCUAGCAUUUAGCUGCUGCAAACCAAGUUUGGCCUUUGUUUUUACAAUGAUUGGUUUUCAAUUAUGUUAUUCAACUCACCCAUAAUACAAAACUAAGCCUUAUCUUAGCCUUUAGCCAUGGAGAAAUGCUCAAUGCAUGAGAUGGAUUCUGCGGACUGAGGUGCCUCAUUUGUUCAUAGGAACUUUAUUGUUUUCCCCUUUUCCGAUGACUUCAAGGUAGAAGAAUAAAGUCUGGAGACUACCUUAGUUAGGGCAUUCAGGCCGACAAUAUCAGUCUUGACUAAUUUAAAGCAAAAAUCAGUCUCCAAAACCUACUGAUAGAGUGAUAGUUAUGUAACAUACUAGAUCCAGACCAGAUGGGAGUGGAACAUUGUUAAAGUUACAUAGCAACAACCAUACUUAA